CUGUGCCGCAAAUCAGCUGUUUCGGCUCUAGUGCUCAUGUAAUCGGUGCUCAACCUUCUAUUUUCCGAAAAAAUUAAAUUAAACUGAUUAAAAUGCUGCGUCGCCUUGUGCAAGUGGGUGCCCGUGAGCUGAGUCGACCCCAAUCGUCAACCGCCAGUGCGGAAAAGUGGGACCUGUACGCCGGAGUGCUCGUAGAGCGUCUGCCUGUAGUGUCCAAGUCCCUAAAUCCUCUGGAAAAACAGUUCCAAGACUUGCUGUGGCGCGUGGAGUACGAAAACAGCCUGAAGUCUGAUCAUGAACUCAAGCAUGAACGUGAGAUCGUCCAGACGGAGCUCAUCAAGCAGGGUAAAAUCCAGGUGGACUUGGAGGACGCCGGGUCCAAGCAGACAGCCCAGGAUCUCAAGGACGCCUACGUCGAGGAGCUGAAGAAGUUCCAGCUGGGCUCCCGAACCACGCCCGAUGACAAGGCCAACAGAACCACCUCCACGGACCGCUGUCUCGAUGACACGCUCUACCUUUUGGUACAGCAGAAGCUGGGCCAGCAGGAGCAUCUGAUUCUACCGCAGGGAAAGCGGGAGGAGGGAGAGUCCAUGCGUCAGACGGCAGAAAGGGUGCUCCGCGAGAGUUGCGGCCAGGAGCUGCAGGUUCUCUUCUACGGCAACGCCCCAGUGGGCUUCCACAAGUACAAGUAUCCCAGAAACCAGCGGACGGAGAGCGUCGGAGCCAAGGUCUUCUUCUACAGAGCAUCCCUGCGGUCCGGCCAGGUGCCUGAAAAUCUAACCAAGUUCGAGUGGCUGCCCAAGGAGGCGCUCAACGGAAAGCUGACCAAUGCAGCCUAUGCCGAAAGCGUUAAAAAGUUCUUGUUGUAAUCGUAAUUGUUAAAAUUGUUUUGAUAUCUAACAGAAAAAUAAAAAUACAUCAGAGUAAUA